AUGGCAUUCGGCAGCUGGGAUAAUAAAAAGAUCGAGCCAGAGAAUUUUUUAGAGUGUUUAGUUAGACAAAAGAAAGCAUUAGAAGAAAUAGCAAAGAUGGCGAAUAAAAUUAUGCAAGAAAAAGAAGAAAAAGAAGAAAAAGAAGGGAAAAAAGAGGAAGAAAAAGAAGAAGGAGGAGAGGAAGAAGGAGAAGAAAAGGAAGAAAAAGAAGAAAAAGGAAAAAGAAGAAAUGCUAGGGUAAUACAACAAUAA